GUGUCGGUAUGAAAGUAAACACUAUCCAUAUUCCCAGGGUAAUAGACCUGACGAAGCCUAUAAUGGAAUUCAGGACUCAAUUAUACUUUGUUGGACUAUUGGAGAGUAUCCGUUUUUGUUCCUUAGAUACUUGGGGGUCUAAGUGACUGUUGAAGGGCGUGGGCUUCUUGUUCUCACCGCAAUAAUUAAUGUAGGAUAUGCAUUGUUACCAAGUUCGGUAAGAUGAUCGUCACGGUGCGUGCGCCCUUCGCGUCCGGCGUCGCCAUGCGUCGGCAUUAUAGAAAAAUCGCGGCCCAUAAAAACUUCGGUCAACCCUUUCCGUGGCCGCAAUUCCCGCCGGUCAAGUUUUUCUGUUUGUUAUAGCGGAACCUUCAGGCCAUCCCGUUCCGGUUAUGACAGAUCCAAGCGCAACACAGACAGGUCUCAGGCCGCAACUAGACCACGUGGCUACGAAUGCCUCUUCGCCGAGUUAUAGGAGCAUCCGCAGGCUUGACAGCGGUCUAAAUCAUUUCGCAGAACUUGUUCAGAGUAUCAGUAAUCAAGAUGUGGAAGCCAGAUACAAGGUAGAAGAAGAAGACAACAGAGUACCGACGGACGAUACGCCAGACCCAAGCCAGUUCCAAGGUUCCGAAGGAAAAACGAUCAUAUCAUGGGAGGUUAACGACAAAGAAAAUCCCUACAAUUGGUCUCUAGGGCGGAAGACCUUCAUUGUCACAUCGUCAAUGGCUACGGUUGCCAAUAGCACCUUGGGCAGUUCUCUGCCAAGUAUGGCUAUCCCUUAUAUGACAAAAGAAUGGGGAGUUACUAAUCAAACACAAUUUGUCCUUCCAAUAUCUACGUAUCUCCUAGGCUAUGUGUUUGGGCCCAUUUUCUGGGGGCCGCUAAGCGAACAUCUUGGACGCCGAAAUAUCUCUACGGGAUGCUUCAUAAUGUACGUAAUCUGGACUCUGGCCUGUGCCCUCGCUCCGAAUUGGCCAGCGAUGCUUGUAUUUCGAUUUUUCGUGGGAGCAUGUGCCAGCGCGCCGAUUGCAGUAGUCAGUGGGAUUCUGGCGGACUUAUUUAAUGAUCCAGUCACACGUGGUCGAGCUAUGGCAUGCUUUAUGGCCAUGACUGCCUUAGGGCCCCUAUUAGCUCCAAUCAUAUCCGGUUUCUGCUCGACAAGUAUCGGUUGGCGAUGGACCUUCUGGAUCGGCCUUAUGAUUGCUGGAGUGACGUUAAUAAUGGCAUUUUUCCUCCCCGAGACUUACGCGCCGGUUCUCCUUAGCCAAAGGGCGGCAAAAAUUCGAAAGGCAGACCCUAAAGCCCAGGUUUACUCCGCUUCAGAGCUUGAGCCGCAUGACUAUAAACAGCUGUUCACCAGAGUCUUAACACGGCCCAUCCGUAUGAUAUUAACCGAACUUAUUGUGACAGCGACGUGUCUCUAUCUUUCAUUAGUCUACACAAUCUUUUAUAUGUCAUUUCAAGCGUUCCCAAUUAUAUUCCAGGAUAUUUAUGGUCUAUCUCCUGGAGUCACUGGUUUAUGCUACCUGCCCGUUGGUGUCGGUGCACUUCUUUCCGUCCCUAUAUUCUUCGGGUAUGAUCGCAUAGUUUUUAACGCCAAAGCCCGUGGUACUCCAUGGUCACAGGUGGAGGAAUAUCGUCGGGUCCCAUUAGCAUGUUUGGGAGGACCCUUAUUUGCGAUAUCCUUAUUCUGGCUUGGAUGGUCAUCGCGAACAAACGUGCCAUUUGUUGUGCCAAUGCUAGCUGGUAUUCCUUUUGGCGGAGGUUAUAUGUUGAUAUUCAUGGCACUGCUGAACUACCUCACAGAUGCUUAUGAGAUCUUCGCAGCGAGCGCGAAUGCAGCUGCUAGUUCUUGCCGCUCUGUAUUCGCAGUUGUUCUUCCGCUAGCGACAACACCUAUGUUCGCGCGGUUAGGAGUCAGUGGGGCCUGCAGUUUACUCGGGGGUUUGAGUCUACUUAUGUCCGUUAUACCUUUUAUCUUUAUCUGGAAGGGUGAGGAUAUUCGAGCAAGAUCUAAAUUUUGCAUCGCGUUGAAAGAACGAAAGCUUGAGAUGGAGCGGAAGAAUGAGGAGGAGAGACAGAAGAAAGCCAGGGUGCUUGGUAAUAACGGCGUUGCAGAUGAAAAGGAGAUUGAAGUCUAAGAGGUAGGUAGGUACCUAAUACAGCUAAUACUACCCAAGAUAUAGUAUGUACAUAUAAUUAGAACUUCUAACUA